CGUGACUUUCCGCCAUAUUUGUAAGUCAUUGUACGAAAGAAAUGAGUUGACAACUUGAUACUUCUAACUAUUUCAAAAUGGUUGAAGUCUUGGUGGAAUUUGAUUAUGACGCAGAACAGGAAGAUGAGCUAACCAUUAAAGUCGGAGAUAUCAUCAAGAAUGUUCAGAUGUCCGAGGGAGGUUGGUGGGAGGGGGAGCUGAAUGGGAAAAAGGGAAUGUUCCCGGACAACUUUGUCAAGGUAAUAGAGAAGAAAAAAGAAGAACCCAAAAAAGACCUUCUUGUUGCACAGCAAAGAUCAUCUGUCAAAGAACUGGCCAGUAAACUCAAAGAUGUCCAUGUAGGGGCAGCACCACAGAAAAGGAAAGACCACCACCAUACGGAAAAGAGGAAAAAAGCAAAGGUCCUGUUUGACUAUGAACCAGAAAAUGAGGAUGAACUUAAAAUAGAAGUGGGUGAUAUUGUGGAAGUGAUUAAACAGGAAGAGGAGGGAUGGUGGGAAGGUGUGGUAAAUGGGAAGACAGGUGUGUUCCCCUCCAACUUUGUGGAGGUUAUAGAGGAAGAGUCCAAUGAAGUAGCCCCAGACACUCCACAAGCAGAAGAAAAGCAUGAAGUGAAAGGGAAGAAAGUGAUGGGUGUAGGUCUUGGGAACAUAUUUGAAGGUGGUCCUAUCAAGUUAAGAUCCACUGCAGCCAGCGCCAAAAAACCUGUGGAAAAGUUGGAACCAAAGCCACCUGUAACAGAGGAACCUCCAGUCCUUAAAAGGGAAAAACCAGUCCUGCAUGCAAAUCUUCCACCCAUCCCAGUUCCUCGCAUGUCACAGGUAAAUAUGUCCAAUACCCAUUACAGAAAAGCAACCCCAGUCCCCACCCCCAGGGGCUACCCUGCCUGGUCUCAGAGAGACAAUGGACACAGUCCCACAAUAAAAUACAGACCAGAUUACGCUAGUGCUGAUAAUGUUGAAGAAAAAACCAGUCUAUUUCACCAUGCUUAUCAAAGGGAUAUUGAGCUAGAACAUCUUAGUAUUAGGCAUUUAGUUCAGACAAGUGACCCAUGUAUACCAAGUAGUGUAGAAUCAAGUAGACCCACUAAACCUUGUAUUCCACUGUAUGGUGAUUUGCUUCAAAAUACAGCUCUAAGGAGUGCCUCUGAUCAUAUCAAGCCUAUCAUUGAUAUGUUUGAAAGAAAGCAGGCAGAUCAGGACACGACAGCCAGUUCAUUAGAUGAUUCCAACAAAGAGAAUAUUGAUAGAGAAAGCUCCAAAAUUUCCCCUGAGAAUCAGUCCAAAAUGAAGAGGAAGGCAGCCCAGAAGAAGCGUAGUAUUCUGUCUCACUUGAAGUUUUUGCCUUUUAAAGCCAGAAAGCUUGACCUGAUGGGUCAGGGUUCAAAGUCUGAAACCGAAUGUAGUGGCGAAUUUACACCACUGAGUGAAGAGACUCAGGAUGAGGGGCAAUGUAUGAGUGUGCCAUUCCUUCAUAGCAAGAACAUGAGGGAAGAUCUGAUGGAGGAGAGAAAGCCAUUAAGACCCAUUGCAUUACAUGAUAUCAAUGAUACAGAUCCAGAUGAAUAUCCAUAUAUGUCUUCCAGUGAUUACAGAGCUUUUACUCCGGAGUUUGAGGUGGAUUAUGAUGACCAUAAGGAGGACAUGGAAGAUGCUCCGUGUCAGGACAAAAAGGAACAAGAAGGAGCUACUUCAAAUGCUCAACCAUCUACCAAAAAUGAUAAGAAUUUAUCUUCUCAAAAGGAAACAAGGAAGUUAUCCCCCUUUGUGAGUUCUUUAGCAGAUAAAUACAACUUAGUAGACUGGAGAGACAAAAGAUGGAAGAAAUAUGUCAACAUUGAGCAUGGUAUUGUGUCACCAAUAUGUAGUAAAGCUGGUCGGAAUAGAAGUAAUAAUGCUGUGCAGGAUGAGGAUUCUACAAUAUCCAUGUUCUUUGAGAAAUCGUCUCCAGAGAAAACACAGUGUAAUGUCACUGAUGAUCAGAGGGCAGCAAAAUCAGCAGAAAAUCUACAUAAAGACAAGAGGACUGAUCCAGUCAGGGAAUCCAUGUCAACUCAAGAUAGCAGUAGAUACAGUAAAGGUGGGGAUCUAAGAGGGGUGGACAAUAGAAGAAAGAAGUUUCCUACAACCUUUGUCACAGCUGCUGAGGUGUACAGAAAUCUCAGUCCAGAGAAAUCACUCAUUCAGGAUGACCAUGCCGAUAAACAGAAGAAGAAAGCUCACAGAAAGGGUAAUGAGGAAAAGCUUAAAUCCUCUGAUGUAAAGAGUCCAAAUUAUUUGGAGGACAUCUUCUCAGGAGCCAGUGCAAUAGAGGAGGAUCCUCUAUCAACAAGUCUGGAAGGCUUGGACAAAUUCAUCCGUGCAAACAUGGCAGAUAGUGUGACAGAUACAUAUGAUGAAAAUGAAAUGUGUUCCCGUUCUCCAAACCCAUGGGUAUCCCCAAAACCUAAAUAUGACCUGAGACACAAAGUACAGAAUGCUUAUUUUGAUGAACACCUUAUUUAUAAGUUUGAAAAUUCUCUGUCACCCAAAAAUCUAACAGAACAAGAAAUUCUGGAAGACUUGGACUCGAAAUUAAAUGCCUAUUGCAAUGUGGAAACUCAAACUUCUGAGACAUUGCUUCAGACAGAUGAGUUUUAUAAAGAAAGGAAAAGGAAUGAUGCAGCUCCAUUUCCAGAAGUUGUUAGCUAUGAGCCAAGUCUGGACCACAGUGAUUGUGAUACCCCACAGGUGACCCCUGGUAAAAAGUCAGCAAAAGCAAGGUACUCAAGUUCUCCCAAAAUAAGGGCAGAGCAGCAUGGUGACUAUGACAUAGAAGGUACAGCGGAGAAUGGCUUGAACUUGGAAGUGAUAGGAAAGAGAUUGAAAACUUUAACUUUAGGUGAUGAUAUUGAUGCCCAGGUGGAGGAUUAUUAUGAUAUUGAGGGAACAGAAGAAAAUGGGAUGGACUUGAAAAUAGUUGGGCAAAAAGUCAGAUUAUACACACCAGAUGAGGAAGAGAGGAGAAUUGUUAGGCUCAUGGAAGAUUGUUCUGAAAAAAGGAAACGUCGUCUGUCAUGGAAGAGGCUUUUCCAGCCCAAAGGCAUAGAACCUGUGCAGUUGAUAUCAUAUAGGAGGACAGAUAUUAUGAGACCACCCUUACAGGGAAGUCCUCACAAAUCUGAAAGGUCAAAAGCAGCUAAAGAAUCAUUGAAAAUGGAAGAUGUAGAUGAAAAUGAAACCAUAGUCAAUGUUGUGUUCAGACCAGAAGAUGUUACUGGUACUGUAGAAACUGUCUUCUGUCAUGAUUUUUCUGAUGAAGAAGGGCUCAGUAGAAAUUCCUCUCUUUAUCCUGUAAACAUUUCUCCGUCUAAAAUUCAGUCGCAGUCCAAUGAAUCUCAGACUUCCCAGAGACUGAUCCCCAAAGAAUCUCCUGGAGCUUGUAACCUUGUCAAAUACUCAAUGGAGGAUAUAGUCAAAGAACUGGAGAAAGAAGGCCAGAGGAUUGAAAAGGAAUUUCUGAGAAUAGCAACAGAGAAUGCAUAUGAUUUUAUGGACUUGGAGUCAGAGUGUCAAGUCAAUAACCCACACAGUCUCAUGUACUUAGCUGGAAUGGCAUGCAGCAAAAGGUACCAGUUACUCUACAAUUCAGACAUUUUGGAAGACAGUAAUGUUGGGGAUAAAGGUUAUAAUUCCCAUGACCAUACACAAGAAGACAGUGAGUAUGAUUUAUGUGUUGGAAGAAAGCACCUUGAAUUCAUCAAAGAUGAUUUCUCUGAGCCAAGCCGCAGUGAAGAAACUGUUGAUGAGGAGAUAGAUCAGGACAUCUGUCCUGAUUCCCCUGGUCUGAUUGCAAGUAUGACUCGAGAUGUUCAGAGUUUAAAUCUCACACAGUCUCCCAAUUCCAGUGAUGCAGACAUUGCCAAGCGAAUAGACUCAUUUCUUCGAGAUGCUCUGAAACCAAUUGAUGACAUGACAUUUAGGAAUGACACUUCUGAUGAUGACAUGGGUGAAGACGAAAAAGAAAAUCUUAAUAACAAAGCUAAGAUUAGUUCAACUUCUUACAGUGAAGACAGAAUAACAAGCUACACACCAUGCAACUCACCCUGUGUUGUUGAUGAGGGUCCUAAAUUUUCCAUGGAAUUUGAAGAGGAGGAGUGUAGUGCCCUGAAUAAAAGUUUUACAACAGAGGAUUCAGAGAUGGAUCAGUCGGUGAAAGAAGCUCUAGAGGAAGUGGAAGGUGUCACUCCAGUUCUGUUGGACCACCAGUUACAAGAGACGGAAUCCUCUGAUAGUGAUGACAGAAUUCAUAAUGAUGUUGAGGACAAUGAUGAUGAUGAUGAAGAUAACACUAACAAUAAUUUCGACAAUAAUGAUGCCAGUAACAACUCGGAGAUGGUCUGUUAUGGUAGGAUAAGUGACCUCUACCCAGGGUUUAACAUGAUGUCCCCAUUGAUUGAGCAAAAUGAAGGAGAUUCCAUGCUGUCGUCAACCUUCACAAGAGAGGAAGCCCAAGCAGAAGAACCAUCUGGUGGAUAUGAAUUGCGAGCAUCAAAGUCAGACACUCGUAGCAUAGACACCACUGGCAGUGACAAGUUCUACACAGAUGUAGAUACCAGCAUGGAUAAUAGCGGCAAAUUCUACACUGACCUUGACACGGAUCUCGAUGAAACAAUGGAGGACAGGUCAUUUGGAGCGUUAAGAAGGAUAGUCCGGAGUUCCAGAAGUCCAGCUAGCAGUGAUGAUCAUGGUGUGGUGGACUGGAGUAUGGAUGAUUCCAUUGAAGUUUGAAGUCUGUUAGAGUGUUUUAUUAUUGUUGAUUAACUAAUUCACUUAGCAUAUUCAUUGACACUGAAUGUAGAUCUGGAAUCUUUUUCAGACAGAUUUGUUUGGUGUAUUUAAAUAUUGUUAGGACAGUUUCACAUUUUUGUGGGGAUUCCCAUAAUGUAUUUAUACAUUUAUUACAUGUUCAUUGCAUUCAUUUUUAUCUAUUCAUUGUAAAUAGUUUAAAGAUUAUUAAAAAAAAAAUGUGAAUAAUUUAUAUUGUUCAAAUUUUUAAUAUAUUUUGAAAAAGGUCAUCACAAAUUAUGGAUGGAAUUUAAUGUUAGUCUGUGUAAGUU